GUUUUGACGAGCCUUUCGAGCGCCACACAAACGCUUCAGUUCAACACAAAAUCGCGCUCAAAUUCAUUAAAGUCAUGCAGUUGCUUAGCUCCGCCUACGUCGUCGCCGCCCUGGCGUUGUGCUCCCUGUGCCUGGUCACAGCUCAGCCCCAACGCGGUCUGGCUCAGCCCCGCGGCAACUCAUACGAUGCGAAUGCUGUGAUACUCAAGCAGAACUUUGAUCUGAAUCCGGAUGGCUCCUAUCAAUACAACUACGAGACGAGCAACGGAAUUCGCGCCGAUGAAGCUGGCUACCUCAAGAAUCCCGGUUCGCAGUUGGAAGCUCAGGUCAUGCAAGGCUCCUACUCGUACACCGGCCCCGAUGGUGUUCUCUAUACCAUCACCUACAUCGCCGAUGAGAAUGGCUUCCGUGCCGAGGGCGCUCACAUUCCAACUCCACCUCCCGUUAGCCCAGCUGCCGCUGCUCCACGCAGAUUCUUCAAAUAAAUCAAAAAUGACGACCAUUGAGAAAUAUAUAUAUUUACAAUAUAUGUAUAAUUGAAUAGAUUUGUAUGAUAACAUCCAGGAUGAAGCUCAGCUGGUCG